AGCAAAACGUAGUCGUUGCGAAGGUCUCGUCUUCACUCGACCUUUUGGUGAAUUCUCACUCCUUGCUCUAGUCUCUGCCUUGCUUCAAACCCAUUCCUCCAAGCUCCAGCACUGAAGUAAGGAAUGGAUUCAGAUGCAUGGAAAAUCAUCCAUAUACCUGAUAAGCCUACAUGCCCACCUGAGCAUCAGCCCACUUGGAAGGUGUAUGCGAGUGUAAUCAAACCCAAAUUUGCCAAUACCAUAGUGAGGCAAUUAUGUAAGAUCGCUCCUCUAGAAGAUCUUCGUCAUGUUAAAAGGGUGCGGAAGAAGAUUCUUCAAGAUCACGGUGAAACUCAGUUGACUGUCAUCUUAUGUCUAGCACCUGAGCACAACGAUCAUUUGAAUGAUUUGCCACUUGACGUUCAGAAACUCGUUGAUCCCUAUGAGUUGAGUCCUUUUAUUACAGAAGUAUGCAAAUAUGCUGCAGUUUCGAAAGAAGAGUGGGAAGAACAGUGUAAAAUAUGGCCAACUUCAUUUCAUCCCCCAACCUACAAUAUAGAUGGCAUUAGUGGAUUCAGUGAGGAUGACACACAAUCAAUCUUCAAGUUCAUGAGACUUGUUAUUGAUCUGGCAGUAUCUGAGCAUAAACCAAUUGUAAAUGCUGCAGUAAUAGUUGAUCCAUCAGUUAGGCGGAUAAUAGCUAGUGAAACUGAUCAAGUAUAUCCAUCGUCUACUCCUCGUGACAUGACUACGACAGAGACCAGCCCUUUCAAUGAAACAGGGGAUGACAGAGUGACUAACGCUAGCUCGCAGAUAUUCUUAAACGGCAUAAUUGAAAAACUGAAUGGUUCACUGUCUGAUGUUGCUUGUCUGAAUCCUUGGCAAUGGUGUUUGCAGCCACAUGAGACUGAAAAGUGUAGCCAAUGGCAUCCUCUAAGGCAUGCUUCCAUAGUUGCCAUUGAAUCUUCUUCUGCAAGAGAUAGAUAUCUGUUUCCUAAUUCAGCAGAGAGUGUUUCUCCGGAUCAUGUUCUGCCCUCAGAUGCUGAUAUUCCAGCUAAAAAGCAGAAGACAAGCAGUCACAGUCCGAAUGUCCAAAAGAACUGCAGUGAAGAAGCUCCUAGAGAUCCUCCAAUGGAGAGGCCUUACCUCUGCACAGGUUAUGACAUUUUCCUACUUUGGGAACCUUGUACGAUGUGUGCCAUGGCGCUUGUGCAUCAAAGAAUAAAACGAAUUUUCUAUGCUUUUCCAAACCCAACGGCAGGCGGUCUUGGGAGUGUUCAUAGACUCCAAGGGGAAAAGAGUUUAAACCAUCAUUAUGCAGUGUUCAGAGUUUUGCUGCCUGGGGAUGCGCAUAAUGCACUCAACCAUGGUCUAAAACACGCCGUUUCUUAAUUGUAUUACAAGUUCUAUAUAAUUAUAUAUAAGGAAGCUGAUUUCUUGUUCUUGUUCUUUCCAAGAAUCUGAAAUCUUGUUGAGUUAUUAGACCAAGAUUUGAAACUGUGACAUAUAGGUGAAAGAUCUUUAUCAGAGCCUUCUGAGUUAGUACUACCAUCUUUAAGAAUGCUUGAAUUUGGUGAAAAGUACUAAAAAUUGCUACGGUGAUUCCAAUAUCAGUUUUCUGUUUCUCGAA